AUGGUGUCAACUGAAAUCGAAUCAACAAGGCGUCAACUCAAAAUGACAGUAUCGGCUGGUACAGGUACUGGCAAACGCACUCCUCGCCAAAGCUCGAAGCGAAAACGGACGGGUGGCCUAGAUGACAAGGAACACAAACGCACAACGAAAAGAACAUGCAAUGGCCCUGCUCCAAAUAAACGCAAGCUCCUUGAUGAGAAUUGUGCAUCUUCCACUACUCCGAAGAGAACGAAGAAAACGAAACUCGAUCCCGACGCUCCUCGACAACGACCAAAAAUAAUCUGGGUCGUCACCCCCAAACAUUUUGAUAUCCCCAAAAUCAAAAUCUGUCCGCCCAGCCCACGGACAUCCACGGGCCCGCAACUUAAGGGGAGAUCCGCCAGGGUACCUCCUAAAGAGCCGGCUCUGCUCUAUCCCGUCAAUCCGCCACCUAAGUCGAGGAAGAGGGAGACGAAACUAGAGAAGUCUACAACGCCGGGGAAAUUGAUAGUUGAAGGAGAUGGCAAGCCUACACCGAAGGAGAGAAUCAAGUUCAUCAAUCGCAGAAAGGCCGAUACCCUUCCCAAGGCUUCCGAGACGGAAACGGAGCCCUCCAUGUUCGACUCUACGAAGACUGAAACUUCUACGAAGCGUCUCAAAGAGGAGGCAACCCGCGCAGCAGCCAAACCCAAGCGGCCUAAUCCUCGGCCUCGGCCUCCUCGGGAAGAGAAGGUUUCCAAGCUCGAGUUUUUUAAGGCAAACCUUCAUGAAACCCCAGAGCAAUCUCCCUUCACCACUACAGAGAUUACGAAUACCGCUGAGAUCCUCACUAUAAUUGCCGAGAUCUGCGAAGAAAAUCCUAGGCCAGAAGCCAGUGCCGUGGAUGCCCUACUCUAUGCCAUGGGUGAACUCCCGCCCCUGAUGACCUACGAAGGUCGUCGAAAGGAGCCGGACUUGGCCGCGUCGUUGGUGAGGGCUGUUUACCAACAACCGAAUGCGAAGAGAUGGGGUACUGUAGAGGCUUUGGAAAAGCUGAGAUGGAAUCUGGAGGCGAUGCAGAAGUUUGAACAGCGCGCGCGUGCGCAACCUCAACGGAUGAUGUUGACGACUUUGGUGAUGAGGGAGAAGACAUAUGUGGAGCUGCAAGAGGUUGGGUUUUGUGUCUAG